CUCGUUUGUAGUUUCAUUCCUUUAAAACUCGGCAAUGAGAACGCCAGGAACGGGAUCGAUAAAGCAUUAACAAAUAUGUGACUUGAGAGCCACGAUGCAUUUCACGAAUCCAAUGAGAGAUGGCGCAGCUGGUCUCAACUUGCCCCUUAGAAGCCUGAUCCUUCUCAACAGCGAGGGACCAAUAAAGCCCAGUUGCGAGCCUGCCCCAAUAGCCUACCGCUGAAAAGUAUCACAGAAAUUGAAUCUACUAGAUUUCAGUCUAAAGAGGAGACCCCGCCAUGGGAAUCACGAUCCUGAACCUUCCUACAGAAGUUACUGAACACAUAGCGUCGUAUCUUUCACGAAGCGACCUAUACAGCCUUCGGCUUGCGCAUCCCAGGCACCUGCCGGAACUGACCCUGGAUCGGCUGCGUCAAGUGCAUCAGUGGAACGCUGCCCCGUUUUCUUUACAGCUGAUUUCGAGCUACAAGAAAUGGGACGCGGCCCCCGCGUUGCGUCGAGUCCCCAAACGACACAUCCAGGUCUCAGACGAGCAGGACCAGUCUCUUUGGCGUAAGCUCAGAUGCACUGCCGACAGUCCAAAGAACGGUCGCGAUCUGUAUUGCUUCUGCGUACCGUGUGUCGCCCGUCGCGAAUAUGUCAAGGACAUCACGGACUACACGGUCACGUAUUACUGCCUUGUGAGAGGGUUCGGAACGACCAUUCACCCCAUGCGUCGAAGAAGCUGGGAUCGGGCGCUGAAGGAUCUGUCAGUCCACCCGGUGUUUUCCCCGUGGAUCACUUCGGUCUGCGUAUGCCCGCGGCCUUUGUGGCACAGUAACAUUAAGACGGGCUCGCUGGGGAUCGAUCAUCUCGGCCUCGGAGAGGCAAUCUGUCGCUUCCCUAGCCUGGAAACACUGUGGAUGUAUGAGGGUGUUCGCGACGAGCAUGAGGCGGCCAAUUCGUAUGAGGUACGCUCCGUGAUAGCGGAGAUGGUUAAAACGAGCACGCCUGGCCCAGCUUUGAAAAAUUUGAUCAUAGCUGAGGUUCGGGUAAGUCAUGAGAUCCUAGCCGCCGUUAUCAGGAAAUAUGAGUCCACGCUUCGACACGUGUGCCUGGACGGCCUAGCGCUCGACGACGACUACUUCACCAGAACCGUGCUCAGAGCGCUCAUUCCUUGUCGACUCGCGUAUCUGAAGCUCUUCGGGCUCCGCGCAAGAGAGUCUAGCGUUGUACCAGGAAAUGAGGAAGAAGUCCAAGGAGCAGAACGGGAUAUGGGCAUAAUCCUGCGACAUCCGAGUACGGAAUCGCUUCCGUUUGAAGUUCGAUACUUUCGCAACAAUCUCUGGGAAAAUCCGUACAUGGUCCAGCAAUCGAUUGUGGUCAACGGGGAGGAUGUUUGGCAAAGCUCGCGAGGUUGGCUAUGUGGGCUCAAAGAAUGUCGUAGUUAUCACGACAGCAAGUCCCUAGUAUCUCGAGCUGAUUCAGCGGUGGAGGGGCAUGUAGUCAAAUUCAAAGAUGCCUCCGAGAGUUUCGAAACAGAGAGCGUGGUGAAAUAUAAGUCGGGGGCGAACAAUGGGCUCAGAGAACUUCCGCAGAGUGGCUGGAUAAGAAUAUGAAGGCCUUGUUUUUGAUGGCGAAUGUCAUGCAUAAAACCACGCGGCUCAUACAGUCGCAGGAUGGACUC